AUGCCCUUCCAAUCGAAGCAAGUCGAAGAAAAGGACGACUCUGCGUGGUUUGACCGCCUGUCUCCCCGUGAUCAAUAUAAACUUCGCCCGUUAAAAAUUGGGCCUAUGGCACACCCGCUGAUCCAUGCUGGAUACGACCAGUGCUUCGAUUGCGGCAACUUUGGGCAUCUUCGAGACCGCGGUGACGGGUGCACCAGCAAGGUCAAAAAGGCUCCACCUUUUUGGACUUGGCGACGAGUAAUUACAGGCAAAGAUUAUAGCAUGAGCAUGCUUGAGAUGACGCCAGAGAGGUUGGCCAAGGCACGGAACGAAGUGAUCGCGAUGGAAGGAACUCCAGAACAUAUUCCUGUAGAAUACAUCAGCUCCGACUUCGACGUGUUGACACCUUGGGUCUUCACCGAACAAGACAUAGCUAGGCUCGACGCCGACGAGUCUUUUAGUAUGUAUUGCGAAGCAAGACUAAACAAUCAGCCGAUCGCAGCCUCGCGGGUCAAUCGUCGAGCGUGGCGUCUGGACAAAAGCAAGACGCGUCGAAAAGGGGGCUUGAGAACGAUGACUCCGGGCUCAUGCACAGCUGCAGUCGAAGAAAGGUAUCAGAUUAUGUUUAGCUUGAAUUCACUUGAAUUGCAAGGAGUCAGUCCGAGGACAAUCUCUGCGAUUAUUGCACCGUGGCUAGCUGCGGACAUGUUUCAUUCGGGAGUUGAUAGUGUACAGGAUCAUGAAUAA